AUGGGUGGUGAAGAAAAAGCCAUGGAGUUUCAACAUGGAAAUGAGAACAUUAUGACUUCAGAAAUGGAUAUGAGUUCUGUGUCAAUGGCUAAUAAGCCUUCUUCAGAGAUAGUUAACCAUCAUCAUCCUUUUCUUGCUUCUUCAGCUUGGGAUAAUCCACUUGUUUCAUUGAGUCAGGCUCAUACUUUUGGGGGUUCUUCAAUGGUUUCUCACAAUGAGUUUGCUAAUACAAAUUCAACUUAUAACCCUCUUGUUUUGGAGAAUCAUCAAGGAAUAAGUAGCACCUCUCACCUUGUUCAAUACUCGAAUCUCAGUGGCAUGAUCCACAAGGUUCCUUCCUAUGGAAGUGGAAGUUUCUCUGAAAUGGUUGGUUCCUUUGGCCAACAUGGUGACCAUGUAGCUAACACAUCAGGAUAUCCAAUUCCACCACAACAUUAUAACCACGUCAAGGAUGCUGGAAUCCAAAGGGGUCAAAUUCACGGCGAACAAUCUCAAGUUGAGGACUCAAUUCAUGAGGAUGGAGCUCUAGGAUCUGCACCUAGCAGUGGAAAUAGAAGAAAGAGAGGAUUUGAUCAAAAUUCUAAUUUCAGUCCAAACAAGAAUGCUGAGGGUGAUGGGGUGAAAGAUUCUCCCAGGAAGAUCUCUGAUGCUUCAAAAGAACAUGAAAAGAAACCAAAAGUCGAGCAAUCAGGGAAGCAAGCUAAAGACAACUCACCUAGUGGAGACACUUCAAAAGAUAAUUUCAUUCAUGUUAGAGCUAGAAGAGGUCAAGCCACCAACAGUCAUAGUCUUGCAGAAAGGGUUAGAAGAGAAAAAAUAAGUGAACGUAUGAGGUUGCUUCAAGAACUUGUUCCAGGAUGCAACAAGAUAACUGGCAAAGCAGUAAUGCUAGACGAGAUAAUAAACUAUGUUCAAUCACUGCAACAACAGGUUGAGUUUUUGUCCAUGAAACUUGCCACCGUGAACCCCGAAAUGAACUUUGAUGUAGAGCGGCUCUUAUCCAAGGAUAUUCUCCAGUCACGCUUAGGACUCGGAAUCGGUGGAUUUGUUCCUGGUAUAAGCUCCUCUCAUCCAUUCCCAAGUUCAAGUUUCCAGGGAAACCUGGCUGGCCUGCCUAGUUCAUCAACACAAUUCCCUCCUUUGCCUCAGAAUGUUUUGGACCAUGACUUCCAAAGCUUUUAUGGAAUGGGAUAUGAUUCUAAUACAGCACUUGACAAUUUGGGACCCAAUGGAAGGUUGAAACCAGAGUUAUAG